AUGAGCACACGUGUGACGAGGAGCGAAGCGUGCAAGAUGUUGGCUGCCCACCAGCCGUCCGGAGGAUCCAGCCCGGGGCAAGGAUGGUCGACAGGGCGGGGCGUCCCCGAGCCGGUCAUCAGCUCCGACAGCGACGUCGAGUUGGUAGAAGACCCACGGGUGGAGGAGCGGCGAUGGCGGCUUCGCAAAGCGGUCAACCGGGCUGACGGCCGCAUCCCGACUGGCGCGGCGGAGGUAGAGUGGGACAGCGAAGAGCCGCCCCAGGACCAGCUGGCUCCCAGUAGCCAUGCCGAGGCUGUGGUAGCGGCUACGUGGGAAUUUCGACGGAAGUGCGAGGCGCGAAGGCGGAACGAGGAGCGGCGGUUGAAGGAGAUGGAGGAGUCGCCGGAGUGCCAGGCCCAACUGCGGAUGGCCGAGGAGGAGGAGCAGCAGCUGUGGGAAAACCCAGGGUACCCACCCACGCCGAGGUAUGCGCCCGAGCCCUGCAUCCCGCCGCCAGAAGUGGCAGAAGACUGGGCGUCCUCACCUCCGCGGUGGCUGCCCGAAAUCCCGCCCACACCGCGGUACGAGGGGUCACCACAGUGGACACCAGCACGACCACCCAUGCCGAGGGGUAAGGUGGCGGCAGCAGACGGUUGUCUGGACCUGGCGGAGGAGACGGCGGCGACGGAGGAGCCCCGAGUCUGGGAAGAGAGUGGUCCUCGGGUGAGCCCGCUGGAUCCCAGGACCCGCGGCAGACCGGAGCAUUGGGCCGCACCGACACCGAGCACCGGACCGACGACGCCAAGGACAGGGCCAUCGACGCCCAUGCCAACAGGGAGCGCGACGGUAACCGCGGAGCCAGAUGAGCCGCUGGAGCGAGGACCCUGGGUGUGGCCUGAGCCCGUGGAAGGCGGCCGACCUCCGCUCAAGCGGCAGCACUCGGCGCCCGAAGUGUCCGAGGUGGUGGCACGGCCGAAAUUGUCGCGGACGGUUUCGGCGCCGGAGGGCCAGCGAUGGCGAGAGAUCGCGGAGCACGAGUGGCCCGAAGGGAUCGCGGAGGCACCGGCGGUGAAGGAGGUUCGCGUUCCGCGUCCGGUUGGGGCUGGCGGGCACGAGAGUGUUCGAGGAGCGCCCGAAUAA